CAGGAUGAGCAAGGAUGGAAAAAGUGGGAUGGUGCAGUAAGAAUGUAUAAUCCAAUUUUUCAACACACGACUUUAUCACAGAGAGUCAGACUGAUUUAUUUUUCAAACAACAGACAGAGGAUGUAUGGCAUGGAAAAUGUAGACGGAAAUUCCCGAAAAGAUGCGGAUUCAAAGGACAAUUUGAAUAUAAAGGAAAAUACUAAUGAUCUCAAACAUGACAAUGCCAAUGACUCAAUUGAUCUCAAGCAAAGCAGAGUGGACGAUACUGAUCUCACAGAAACUGUACGACAAGCAAAAAACAAAACUGAAGAGCAUAAAUGUGAAUGUGAUUGUUGCAGACAGCAGGGGAAGAGCGUCACCAUAGUUACUGGUCUGUUUGAUAUAGGUAGAAAACGUUGGUCUUCGUUCAAACGGACCUACCAUGAUUAUCUCAAUUUCGCUCAAAAUGUCCUUAAGCUUGACGUGAAUUUAGUGUUUUACGUCGAGGAAAGAGGGCGCUACUUUGUUGAAAAACAUCGACGAGGAAAGGAGCACAAGACUGAAGUGAUUGUCACUGAAUGGAAGAAUUUGACAUUUUAUCGCUAUUUAACUGCGAUUGAAACUAUCAUGGGAUCAAAGGAGUUUAAAUUGAACAAUCGACUCUUGAAUCAUCCGGAAGGAUUUUCAGCAUUAUACAACCUCUUGAUGAGUUCAAAAUUCUCAAUCAUGUAUGAAACGACACUUCGAAACACAUUUCAUUCUGACUAUUUCUUUUGGAUGGACGCUGGUUAUGGCCACGGUAAUAGCAGUAUCUUUCCGCCCGAAAACUGUCCCUGGGCCCCAUGCAACAUUCUAACCGAUAUGAUCUCAUAUAUAAACCUAUACCCUACCGAUGUCUAUAAACCCGCGAUCAAUAGACUUUACAAGAUGUCGGUAGCUCCUGCUCUUAAUGGCGGCUUUUUCGGAGGAUCUAAGAAUGCCAUACACACGUAUCAUAAACUCUAUAAAGCUGUCUUGGAGGACUGGUUGAAGAAUGGCAGGAUAGAUGACGAUCAAACUAUGGCUUUGGCCUGUUAUUUUAAAAAGCCAAACUUAUUUAAUCUUGUUCCUGGGGGUUGGAAUGAUGUAUUUAAAUUAUUUAACUAACUGUCCAUAGUUUACUGUUAAGGAUUCUUAACUCUAUCUUUGAGAACUUCAUAUUCCUCGAUAGACCAAUACUUUA